AUGAAGACUUCACUCGUAUUGUGUUUGGCGUUCGCCGUCACCGCCUCAUCGUUCCGCUUCUCCGAGUCCAGCGACAGUAACCGACAAGCUGCGGACCGUGCCAGCAAAAAGUCGAACAAACAAGAGUCGGUCGACGCCUUCGGCAACCGCGCCUACAGUGCCAACAAAGCCGCCAGCUCCGCCCACGCCCACGACAACUCGGACUCACACAAAAAGUCAAUCAGCGGCCCAAAUGGCUACAUGAAUGAAGAGUCCUCGAACCUGGACCGUGCCAGCAACCAGGCCGACAGCAAGAGCUCAGUCCAAGUCCUUCAAGGCCCAGGAGGAGCUUCGUUGCGCCGUUUCAGCGACGAUUCAUUAUCGUCCAGCUCUCAGCAACAAGCCCACAACAGCAAGACUGUUGUUGAAGGUGGAGCCGGAGGUUUCGGAGCGGGAUAUGGAUACGGACGUGGUUCGCAAUUGGGAGCCGGACGCUUCAACCGCUACGGCCGUGGAGCUCACUUCAGUGGCAGCGAAUCCGAUGACAGUUCAGCUUCACAGAACGCUCACAACCGCCAACGCAGCGACGAAACCGUCGGAGCUUUCGGUUCAAGAAGAAGCAGCUCAGUCGACCGUGGAGCCGCUUCUGAAGCCUCUCAAGCCCACCAACGCUCUGCUGAAUCCGCUGACGCCUUCGGCAACUACGACAAGUCAUCAGAACAAAGUGGAUCAAACAAGAAGUCAGCCAACCACUUGAAGGCCAACAACUUGGAAGUCAACGGCCCCAACGGCUACUUAAAGAAGCACGAAGUCGAUGAAGGAUCAGCCAACAGCCAAAACCAAUUUGACAAGAAGAGCAACGUCCACGUUAACGCUGACGGAAGCUACUCCAGAAGCAACGAAGAAGAUUCGUCCAGCUCAAGCAACUCCAACCAUCACUCGGCCAAGAGCAUCGAAAUCGGAGGAGGUAAGUGAAAUGUCAAUAUUUUCGAACUCAAAAUUUAAAAAAAUAAAAAUUAUCGAAAUUUUAUAAUUUUGAAAACAGCUAAAUCCCAAAUAUUGAUAACGUAAGCCUAAAUCUCCUAAAACCCCCAAAAAUUAGCUUUAAACCCACAAACCUAAAAAAUUUUAAAUCACACCAUCCUAGGAGCCGGAGGCUACGGAGGAUUCCAAGAAUCAGCCGGAGGAUUCGGUGGAUACUCUGGACUGGAACAAGAACAAGCCUCAUCCCAAAUCCAAAACGAAUUGGCCGCUAGCCAAGCCGAAGGCGCCGCCUACAGCGAAGCCGCUCGCCGCCGCUCCGAAGAAGCCGCCUUCCGUGCCCGCCAAGAAUCCGAAUCCCGUCGUGCUGAAAGCGAAGCCCAAUUCCGUCGCCACAACCAAGAAGCCCGCUACCGUCAAGAGGCCGCUCGUCGCGAAUCCGAACGCGCCAGCUUCCGUGCCCGCCAGGAAGCCGAACGUCAACGCUCGGAACUGGACCACCGUGUACGUGCUAGCCAGUACGAAAGCGAACGCCAAGCCGCUCGUUCCGCCGCCGAAAGCCGCGCUCAUUUGGCCGGAGCUCAUGGCAACUACCUUCGCCCCAGAAUCGGUGUAGUCGGUGGCCGUGGAGCCCACUUCAGUGGCAGCGAAUCCGACGACAGCUCGGCUUCACAGAACGCUCACAACCGCCAACGCAGCGACGAAACCGUCGGAGCUUUCGGAUCAAGAAGAAGCAGCUCAGUCGACCGCGGAGCCGCUUCUGAAGCCUCUCAAGCCCAUCAACGUUCUUCUGAAUCCGCUGAUGCCUUCGGUAACUACGACAAGUCUUCAGAACAAAGUGGAUCAAACAAGAAGUCAGCCAACCACUUGAAGGCCAACAACUUGGAAGUCAAUGGCCCCAACGGCUACUUGAAGAAGCACGAGGUCGAUGAAGGAUCAGCCAACAGCCAAAACCAAUUCGACAAGAAGAGCAACGUCCACGUUAACGCUGACGGAAGCUACUCCAGAAGCAACGAAGAGGACUCGUCCAGCGCCAGCAACUCCAACCACCAUUCGGCCAAGAGCAUCGAGAUCGGAGGUAAGUAAGCCUCGCGGAUCCACAAAACUUGUUCAUGUUAUAUACUUAUGCCUAUUGUGACCAAUUCAGAAUAAAAACGUAAUAAACUAGAAAGAAUGAUAGUUGAAGUUGGCAUGGUUUGAGGGGUGUUUUAGGCCAAAAAGGUUGCUUUUAAGGCUUGAAAUGAAUAAUCUUGGUCUUAAAAGAUCCGGCUUGGACAUAUUUUAUCAUUAACACUCAUAAAAGUAUAAAAGUCCAAAAAGAAAUGGCACAAAAUCCCCAAAAAGCAAAAAAACCUCAAAAAUUUAAAUUCUCUCAUUUUCCAAAUUAAAAAAAAAUUUGAAGUUUAAUCACCCUACUUCCAGGUCCCCAAGCAGCCCUCCUAGCCUCUCGUUUCGGCCGCCAUUCAAAGCCAGGCAGUCAAUCAGUUGGGCAACAAAAACUAGCUCUAGAAGAAGAUAAUGAUAUCUCAGUGGAUGUUGAUGUACAUAAAGCCCAUCGUAAAUCCGAAAGCGUUGCUGGCUAUAAUGGACAGUCCGGACAGAGAGGUAUGGUUUUCAAAAUUAAAAUUCUAGCGUUAAAGUUAAGGUAGGACUCACAGUAGGACAAAGGUAAUUUUCAAUAAGACCAUGUUAUAGUAAAUAGAUGCUAGAAAAGGCCGUAGUAAGGCAAGUAAAAGUAACAGUAAGCCAAGAAUAAGCCAUAGUAAUACUGAAAAGUUACAGUAGAGUAUGAGUAGACUACAGAAGAACUAGGGAAAUUUGCUGUAAGACCAAAUUGAGCCAUAUUACGACUAAACAAAGCUACAGUAGAUAUAGAAUAAGCUGCAGUAGGGCUUACAAUGAGCUGCUUUAAGGCAAAUUAAAGCUUCAGUAAGGCUAGAGACAGCUACGUUUGACUAGUAAAAUCAUACUGUAGUUGUCUGACUGGUCAAAUCAUACUGUAGGAGUUAGACACGCUACAGCGGGCCUACAAAAGCUGAAUUAAUACUAAGUUGCACUACAGUAAGUAUGUAUUAAGCUACAAUGAUGGUAGAACAAGCUAUGGCAUCGGUACAUCACAAGCUCAGCAGAAAUAUUAUAGUAGGAACAUUAAUAGUGAGCAUGAUGAAAGCUAUAAAAUUUUGAAAAGUUACCCCCCUCCCCCUUCGCUUUAUAGCCACCACCGACAAGAAAAAAUUGCUUUUAGCCUCAGACCUCCGCCAAAGAAACACCCAAGCCAUUGGAGUAAAAGGCGCCCAAACCAUUGGAUUAAGAAGGACCGGUUCACAAAACACCGGAUCAAUUCGCAAAAGCUCAGAAGACCGUAGAUCGGCUUCAGAAGCCUCCAACUCUCAUCGACGAUCAUCAGAACGAGCUGAUGGUCGUGGCAACUAUGCCAAGUCAUUUGAACAUGGUGGAUCAAAUCGAAAAUCAAAAAAUCACUCAAAAGCCAAAGAGCUGGAAGUGAAUGGACCUAGUGGCUACUUGAGGAAGAAGUCAUUGGACAAGGGAUCGGGGAAAAGUGUCAGUAAAUUCAAUAAGAAGGCUAGUUUACAAGUCAAUGCUAAGCCAGUGAUUGGGAUCAAGCCAUUGAUCCUUGUUAAACCAAAAGUUCCCAAAGCCAUUAUUGGGUAA